CCCAUAACACAACUCUCGAACUUACUUUUUGGCUAGCUCAAUCUGUGUGAUUUGUCUUUAUAUAUUUAUUUAUUUUAGUAAACCAUCUACCAAAUUUAAAUCUGUACACUUGACAAAGUAUAAGCUAAAAUGGUGGUUUUCAUGCAAUUCCGACUCGCACUUGUCAAGUUUUCCGAUGCAACGGUCUGAUGAAAUUCAAGGAUGGCACAAUUUUUUUGUUCAAAAUCAUUAUUUAUAUUGACCAUUCAACCAAUGAGAAGGUCAGAGUUGUACCGCAGUGCAUUCAGUCAUAUUGUUUAGAAAAUUCCAUAUCAGUGCACGAGUUUUGUGGAAUUAAUUUAAAAAAAUCAAAAUGUCAAUACGUGAAGAUUUUGUGAUUAUUUUCUUCGGGUUGGUAGCCCUCACUGCCGGUGUUUUUAUUACAAAAGAUGAGUGCCCUCCGAAUGAAGAAUACUUACUUUGUGGCUCAGCGUGUCCCUUCAACUGCACAGACCCCAAGGGUCCAGUGACCUGUUCUGAUGAUUGUGUCGAGGGCUGCUUCUGCAAGGCUGGGUUCUUGAGGAACGAGAACGGCACGUGUGUUAAUGCUGACCAGUGUAUUGGCGAUAAGAACCCAGUCUGCGGGACGAAUGAGGAGUUCCUAUCUUGUGGGACAGCCUGCCCAGGCACAUGUUCCAACCCUGACCCAUUGGUCUGUGGGUUAGCGUGCAGCAUGGGCUGCUUCUGCAAGUCUGGUUAUGUCAGAGACGAGACCAGCAACUCCUGCGUCACUUUGGAUAAAUGUCCUGCAGAACAAUGCUUCAAUCAGAACGAAGUGUAUGACAUCUGCAACGCGAACUGCGAGGCCUCCUGCGCAGACCCGGAGCCGAUCUGCACGAAGCUCUGUCAGGGUGGCUGCGUGUGCGCAUCCGGGUUGCUGCGCAGUGAAAGCGGAGACUGCGUGAGCGUGGAUAAGUGCCCCAAGAGCAAUAGUACUGAACCAGGUCUGCUGGGGAAGUACUUGAAUGUGAUAAACAAGAUUAUACAUUUGUCUUCUGUCAAUGGGAGUAGUUAAAUAUUCUAGUAUUAGAAUCACAUUCCGCUCUCUCGCGAAUCUUCCAUUUAUCAAGUUGUGUUACGUGCCUUUAGGUUUUAGCAAUAACAAACUCGAUAAGAAAGAAAAGCUAUCAUAGCGGUCCAACCUGGCUUUGCUCGGGUAAAACCGUAAUAAAUUAUCACCUAAACCUUCCACAGGUUAUUAA